UAGCAUCCGUGUCCGUGUCGGAAAAAAGGGUUUCCGAAGAGCUUCGUUUUGCUUUUUGUUUUCCUCGAAAAGUAACGUCCCUGACGAGUCUCUGCAGCGCAUAUGGCACUGGACGAACCGAAGGUGGCCGCCCCCGAGGGCGAGCAUGCACCGAACGAUGGCACCGACCAGCCAUCGAAACGUGACGACACUCCCGACUACUACAAGCGGCCGAAGUUCAAGCGCAACAUCAUCCCGUUCGACACGGAGGACCUGUCGGUGCGAGUGAUCCGGGAACGCUUUCUCAUCCCGAACCAGGUGACGGAGGGCAGCACGGCCCAGAAGGCGGGCCUCAAGCUGGGCGAUCAGAUCCUGCAGAUCAACGGGGCCGAUGCGUCGGCCAUGCGCCUUGCCACCGCCCAGAACGUGAUCAAGCAGGCCGGCGAACAGCUGCAGAUGAUCGUCGCUAAAGAUGACGAAGACAAUCGUGCCGCCGAGGAGCAGGGCAAGCCGAAGGAAACGCGCGAAGUUAAGUUCGCAGGUAAUGAGGAGCAACCGAAGCCCGAUGUCACUAACAAACCCGCUCCCAAUCCAGUAGACAACGAACGUGAAAACUGGACUCAGCCACCGGAGCGCAAGGUUUGGCACCCGAUCGUAUGGCAGCAGCCACCCCCACCGAUCCCACCAGAUCUAUACGGCAAGGAUGCGCCCCAUCAGCAGCUGAUCGCCAACAUUCGUCGGUUGCUGCAGGAGACGGUCGCCAAGCCGGAAGAACGCCAGAAGCACAUCGAGCGCAUGAUGCUCUCGUUGCCGACCGGCUCCCGGCGUCACGAGGACGACGAGGACGCCGAGGAACAACCGAAACCGGCCCCGAAGCCCAAGAAGAAGAAGAAGGGCAAGGGCAAGGUGGGUGCGAAGGUGGCGGCCGCUCGGCCGCGUCUGGACAGCGAAACGUCGGAGGAUGAUGCAACGGUGUCGGAGGCGCUCCCGGCGGUGGCCCCGGCCGACCCAAUCCCGGAGGAAGUUAGUGCCGACGCUUAAGUGUAGGCUUAGCACGAGUGAAGAACACAAUAUUGAGCAACCGACUAAACAUUUGCUGUGCCAGCUGGUUUUGGGGCAACCGGGUGCAAGAUGGCGUCCGCUGACACGUGGAGAUACUUUUAGGAGUAAUUAACUGACUACAUAAAUCACAUUUUUCCAACGGGAUCGUCUGCAGGAGACGAUUAGAAGGCGUAGCUCAUGUAUUAAACGAAACGAUCAAAAAGAAUAUAGGAACUGUUAUAGCUUGUUGUUCUCUUUGACCAAUGUACUUAACCUCGAUCUGUUCCGUCGUUGAAUAAAAUCUUUGUUUUUUUUCAUAAUUGUGA